AUGGGUAGGUCAGUCGUAGCCUGUGUGUUAUUGGCACUCCUAGUUCCAUAUGUCAUCGCUGUUCCCACGGUAACUGUAGGUGGCACCAACACAGUUGGCAGUACCACCAGCGGCGGUAGUACCACCACUCGCGGCAGCGUUGGCGGCACUAACACAGUUGGCGGCACUAACACAGUUGGCGGCACUAACACAGUUGGCGGCACUAACACAGUUGGCGGCACCAACACCGUUGGCGGCACUAAGACUGGUGGCAGUACCACCAGCGGCGGCAGUUCCACCAGCGGCGGCAGUUCCACCAGCGGCGGCAGUUCCACCAGCGUCGGCGGCACGAACACCGUCGGCGGCACGAACACCGUCGGCGGCACGAACACCGUCGGCGGUACGAACACCGUUGGCGGUACGAACACCGUUGGCGGUACGAACACUGUUGGCGGUACGAACACCGUUGGCGGCACGAACACCGUCGGUGGCACUAAGACCGGUGGCAGCACGACCAGCGGCGGCAACACGAACAGUGGCGGUAGCAGCAGCUCUGGCGGAAGCACGACAAGCGGCGGUAGCAGCAGCACCGGCGGAAGCACGACUACCUCCGGCGGUACGGGACUAAAGGUCAACACCACCCUGAUUUAUCCCGGACAGGAGGGUUCGAAGUACGGUAACUGCCCGGCGUUCACGUGUACACCCGGGUCCCACUUUAAUGGAACUUUCACGGACUCUGAUAGCGAGGAUAUUUCGUACGAGUGGCUGUACUCCAAGCCGUUGAUGAAGAAUGAUCCCGAGUCGCCUGAAUGGGAUGUUGCCCUCGAUACGCCGUUCUUCGAUUGCUGGAAGAUUUGCAAGAUGGCCAAGGCGGAUCUCCCGCAGAUCAAGUACUGGCAGUACGAGAAGACAUGCGACGUUGGAGGUGUGUGCUCUUGCUACGACGAGGGCGUUUGUACGCAGAACCACUACAAUCCCGACAACACGAUGGACUUUUUCUUCGAUUCCACCAACGAUUACCAGCCUCCUUCCGAGUUCUUUGUUGGAAAGGUCUGCGACGGUAACGUUACCGGGGAUCCCCAUUUCGUUGGUGCCGACAAGUCGCGGUUCGACUUCAGUGGCCAGCCCGGCGAGAACUUCGCUCUGAUCUCCGACGCUCAUAUUGCCGUUACCGCGUAUUUCGGCGGGCGCGUGGAGAAGGAGUGGAUGGGUCAGAAGAACAAGGUGAUGACGUGGAUGCGUAACAUCGCGAUUCUCUGGGGCCACCACUCCGUCGUUUUCGAGGCUCGGCCUGGACCUGAUUCUGAGUACGGUGCGGGUUACCUCAAGGCGAUUUACGUCGAUGGCGAGAAAACUAGCCUGUCGUUCCCUGGCGAGAAGAUGUACCUGUUCGACGGUUCGGUUGAGAUGAAGUGGGUGGAUGCGAGGAAGAAGGUUGGCGACGAUCUCGUCGACAUUUACGAGAUUUCGGUUGCCGAAAUCAUCACCCUGCGACUGAUUUUGAGGCCUGAGAUCAAGCUGAUGAGGACCAAGGACGACGGACUUGUUCAUUUCACCAUCGAGGUCGUCAGCGCUCAGUUGUCCGCGAACGUGCACGGAGUCCUCGGGCAAACCUACCGCCCCGAUUUCGCUGGCCGACUGUAA